AAACCGACGACGACGACGAGAGGGGCCGUUUCUUCUCCUUCCUUCCUGUUGGCGAUCGAUCCUCGGCGUUGGGCGGAUCGACGGCGCCGGGUCCAGAUCGGGCGGAUGCCGCCGCGGCCGGAGCCGUGCAGCUCGUCGUCGUCGCUGGGGAACGACAGCGACGAGGGCGGCGCGCCGGUGGGGAAGGAGCAGGCGGAGGACGGGGAGGGGGAGGUGCAGAGCGCCUACAGCGGCGCGGGGCUCGACGGCCUCGCCGCAUUGGAGGAGUCGCUUCCCAUCAGGCGUGGCAUCUCUAAAUUCUAUAAUGGCAAGUCCAGAUCUUUCACAUUCCUCAAAGAAGCUAUCGGGCCAUCUGGUUCGGCAAAGGUCAUUGCCAAGGCAGACAAUGCUUACUCCAGGAAACGGAAAAAUCUUCUUGCAUACAGCAUCAUGUACGAUCAGUCACAGAUCACCGUACCGGAGACCUACAAGAACGGUAUCACUAAGAGGCUUGCGGGUUUAAGCAGGUUGAGGCCCUCCGAUGGUAUGAGCUCCAACAGCAGCAGUAGCAGCAGCCUCAGCAGCGACGAAAACGAGCCGCCUCAGCAGUUCAUUUUUGUUCAGUCACCUGACAACACCGCACAAUUUGCUUCUCCGACGAUACCUGCACCUCGGCUUGGGUCUUGCGCGUCUAAGAUAUUUGCCCAUGCCAAUGAGGUCGUUUUCGAUGGUGAAUCUGCAACGUUUGCACAGCCGCUGCUCAUCUGUUUGCCUGGAAAAACAACCGGAGGCUGAUUAACAAGGAAUUCAAGAGGCAUUUCCAUCUUUUCGUGUUUUUUUUUCUUGUGUUUGUUCUGGGGGCUAAUAUACCGCAUCUCUCUUUUGCUAACCUAAGGUUGCAUUGGGGUGUUUGCCUAAAUAAGAGGGAGCAGAUAAAAAAAAAGAGGGAGCAUGUAUGGUGACGGUUUUGUGUGUAAAAUAGCUUGUUUGACAAUGUGUAAAUAUAACUUGACAUAAUCUGCUAAAAUCAAAUGCAGUAAGUCAAAGGCAGAAAUCACACUCCCUCCAGUUUGCAGAAAACUGAUAUUUUGAACA